CCGGCAGUCAGUUAGUUGUGCGGUGUGGGGCGAGUGGUGCGCUAUCUACUGGUGCGCCUUGCUAUAACUGUUCAGUGCUGCUGUCGUUUUGUCGUGACGUAGUGUUCAGUGAUUGGACUAAUAGUGGUGAAUCAAGGUGUUGAAUGUGGAAACUGCGAAGGACAUUAUCCUGCCUCGAAGGACCUUGCGGAAUGUGAGAGUUUAUCACCAAGAUGGAGUUAAGCGGGUUUGCAGCCCUUAUUGUACUUACUGCCCUUUGCGCAGUAACUGGUGGACUACGUCAGGUAGAGCUCAGAGUACCGGCAGCUGUUACAACAGGCAGCACAGCCACAUUGCUGUGUAACUAUGACCUCGAGAACGACCCCUUGUAUGUCGUCAAGUGGUACAAGGGUAGAAAGGAGUUUUUCAGGUUCAUGCCUAAGGAGAAGCCAAAGACAAGCGUGUUUCCUCUUGACGGCGUCAACAUUGAUCAGAGCAUGUCAGACGCCAAGAAGGUCGUGUUGAGAGAAGUGACCAAAGAGUUGACCGGCAAGUAUCGGUGUGAGGUCUCGACGGACUUCCCUGACUUUCACACACAAGUAGUGUCAGCACACAUGAACGUCGUUGAUCCAUUAAAGAAGGAACCAGUUCUGAUGAUGGAGAAGAGCAGUUAUUCUGUUGGAGACACUUUGAGGGGUAACUGCACCACUCCCCCCUCCAACCCCACUGCUAACAUCACUUGGCUGAUCAACGGACAGAAGGUGAACGCGUCAUUCAUAGUGCAGAGUGUGGUGGAAGGUCAAGACCCUGUGACCAUCGCAGGGCUUAACCUAGGGGUCAACACGUUCCUGGGGGGCAAGCUGACCAUCGUCUGUGUGGCAGACUUGUUCGGGGUGUACAGCAGUCGGGCAGAGGUCACCUUAGAUGAGGAACGCCCUAGACUGGCCUCCGUACUGGGAAACCACCAUCAGGCUCAAGGAGGUGCCAGCUGUUCACUAGCCUGCGCCCUUCUCUCCUCUACAGUAGUCAUCUUGCUGUCGUUUUUCAGAUAGCAGUAAAUAGUCUACUUCACUUUGAAUUUGUAUUUGUACAUGAAAUAAUUUAUUAUUUUAAAAACAGGGUAGUAUGAAAUUUAGUAGUUUAACUUAAAUUUAGUAGUCGACAAACCACUGUAAUAAUGUCACCCUAACGCAAACCAACUGUGUGUAUAUUAUAAUAAAUAAUGAAAUAAUUUGAUAAGUUAAAUAAAAUGUAUGUAAAAUAAAUUGUUAAUAUAGCAUAAUUUCUUAUAUAAACAUGUGUAUAUUAAUUAAUCAUAUGCAGUCGUGAUUCCUGGUGCUUUUGUAAACAAACUAACUUAUCACGUUGCUGGGUUUGUGAUAGUAAUCGCAAAACAGUUUUGAAAUGUUGAAAUGUUUGAUGGAUUUAUUUUUGUAUAUGUAGUUUAAAUAUUUUGUAAAAGUAAUAUUUUCUUCCAUAUUACUUUUUUCUGUACAAAUAUGUUUCCCUAUUUUAAACGUAAGCUUAUAUAUUUUUGUAAGUGGUUAAGUAAACUCAAUAUAUAUUAGUUAAUAUUUUAAAUUAUGGAUUCUUUAUAUCAAUUUAAAAUAUAUAUACAUAAAUAAUUAUAGAUUUAUUUAGUGUAGUAUGUUUACUUUUUUCGUGUACGUUUUCUGUUUACUAAGCAUUAUUAAAAAUGUGUUUGUUGGUUAUACAUUUUAUAAUAAGUUUAAAGAUUGAAAAACUAGAUGAAUAAAUAUCAUCAACGCUUGUAUUAAUUUUCAUCGUGACUCAUGAACUCUUAUACGUUAAAACUUACUGUUUCUUAGAUUAAUUACACCUGUAUGUUUGAAGAGAAAAAAUACUAAAUUAAAACAAAACUGUUAACACUGUUAGCACCAUAAUACUCAUAAUCAUGUUAUCUUAAUUUAAUUUGUGAAUCCAUUGUACAGUUUGUGUUGUUUCAUACGUUUACAAUAAGCUGACCGGAAAAGAUACAUCAAUGUAUAGUCUUAUAAUACAACACAUAAUAUGUAAAUAUAUGAUAACGUAGAUCCCUGGUGUGAAAACCGACCUAUCCUGUUAGUAAAGAGGUCUUUCAUGUUACUGUUACCUUAUAUUUACCUUUGUAACUGUACUACGUUACCGACAUUAAUCGUAAGUGUUAUAAGAUAUUAUGUUAAUGUUAGUUAUGUUGAUAAAUAAAGAUCUUUUAUAG